GUGAUUUCUUCAACAUUUUCUUGAAAACAAUUCACAUCUUCCAUCCAAAAUGUCUUCAAAUUUAGUUUUCCAUAUUCUUGCUCUCACCUUCCUGUCAGUCAACCCAACUUCAAAUGCUUUCCCUACCUUUGCUUCGUCCUUUUCUGGUUCUUCUCUUGGUAACCUUUUUAGUGGUGUUCCCCACAUCUCUGGUGCUUCUGUUGAAGGUACACCAUUAGUUUCUGGUGCUUCUAUUGAUGGUAGUCAACUAGUCUCCAAUGAUGGUCUAGUUGUUGACUCAUCUAAUGCCGCACAAUUUCUUCCUCAAGACUUUGUUGUACCAUCAAAUGUACUUGGAUCUACCAUGUUACAGGAGGUUCCAUACACUGAAGUUAUUCCUGGCUAUGGAAAGGUUAAAGGAUUUUCAUCUAAACUCAAGUCAUAUUUACCAGGAAAUCCUUUCAAGGGUUUAUUCAAACGUAAGGAAAGUGAGGAAGAUUUUGUUAUUGCCGAUUCUAUUGUAGAAGCUAAACCAAAACAAUUUAAAAUUGAUCCUCGUCUCAUCAAGAUUGCUUCAUCAGCUGUUGGACAUUUACUCCCAGUUGCCAAGAGUUCUGCUUCAGCUGGUAUUGGUGCUGCUGUCGGUGCUCCUAUCGGUGCUAUGAUGGGUGCUAAAGCUGGUGCUGUUAAAGGUGCUCAAGUUGGUAAAGCUUUAGCUAAACAAAAGGUUGUGAUUAGCAAGAAAAUUGGAGAAGUUGCUUCUGAAUUCAAAUCCAGAAGUAUAGCUGUUGGUAAAGCAACUUUAAACAAAGCUGUAUCCAAAAUCACUAUUAGUCCAACAGACAUCAAAAUCAAAGAAAAAGUUACAGUGAAAGUACAAAAGCCUAAAAGCUUAGAAGCUUCAGUCAAAAUCCAACACCCAAUUGUCGGUGAUCAAUUUGGUAAAAUCAAAUUGGAAGCAGUUCAACCUAAAUCCACCAAAAGUGCUUAAGUGCAAUAAUUAUAUAAAAAUAUUAUGUAUAUCAAAAUAUAACCUAUUUGAG